AUGAACAGUUCGACCAAUUAUGCCGAGAGCGUCCAUAUUCUUGGCGUAGGGAAUGUUGGCCGACUUUUCGCUCAUGCUAUUGCGAACGUACCCCACCCUCCUCAAGUAACGCUGUUAUUACAUCGUGAAAGUCUUCUUGAUGACUGGGAAAAGGCCAAUCAAACCAUAUCACUCACUACCGGGAACACGAUUUCAGCAUCGGGGGAGUACAAGGUCGAAGUCCUUUCACCAUCAACCACAGAUAUCAUUUCAAACUUAAUAGUAGCAACAAAAGCGACAAGAACUGCUUCCGCUCUUUCGGCAGUCAAGCAUCGACUGAAUCCACAGUCUACGAUCCUACUAACACAGAAUGGGAUGGGCAUAUUUCCAACCUCAAAAGAGCCAACGAAAAACCCAAAAUACCAUCUACAAGACACUGGAACUUUUAUCGAAGCAAUCAACACCCAUGGAAUUUUCUCAAAUGGUCCAUUCUCGUCAAUCCUAGCCGGACGAGCAGAACUUACACUUUCUUCCUCUACCGGACUCAAUGAAACCAACUCGGCACUGACAAACCUCCUCACAUCUUCCACCAUCCUCAACGCGGAUACAAUCCCCUACCCCGAAUUCCGCCUCCGCAAACUCGAGAAACUAGUAGUCAACGCCUGCAUAAACCCACUAACAGCUAUAUUUGCCUGCAAAAACGGAGAACUAUUCACACAACCCCCAAUCGUACAGCUCAUGCGUCUCCUACUAUCAGAAAUAUCGCAACUGCUCCAAAAUCUGCCAGAAAUCCGUGCGCUCGAUCCAUCCGAAGAUCUUGACGUCCCCACUCGAUUCUCCAUCGAGGAAUUAGAGUUGAAAGUCCUAGCCGUAGCAGACAAAACUGCGGCGAACACAUCUUCGAUGUUACAGGAUGUGCGCGCGAAUAGGGAAACGGAGAUUGAGUAUAUCACUGGGUAUUUAUUGAAGAGGGGGAGAGAGUGUGGUGUUGAUAUGCAUUUCAAUGCGCAGGUGUAUGAUAUGGUGCAAGCUGGGAGGACGCUGAAGGCGGAGGAUGUGGUGCAUGAGUUUGGGAUGGGGGAGGGGUAUUUAGGGGCGCUGUUUGAUCCUAUGGGUUGGGUUUAUUCGAGGAAUUCGGGAUGA